GGAUGAUCUAAGGGGCGGACUAAGGUGGAGUAACAUCAGUUUUGACACCAUUUUCAAGUCCUGGAUCCUGGACUUCAAUCCCGGAGUUCAUAAGUGUGUAUAUAUGUGUGUGUGUGUGUGUGUGUGUGGGGAUGCAGGGGCUUGAGAACAGGGUUGCCAGAUUGGGUUUUGAGACCCUUUUGUUUGGAUUGUGCAGGACAAUUGAAAGUAAGGACACCUUGAGUACAAUAAAAAAUAAGUUAAAAAAACAAUUUUCAAUAUUUGUUUUCAACUGAAAACAAACAAACAAACAAGCAAGCAACCAAACAAAUGUCCAUGUAACAAGUUAAUAAAUUGUUGAAUGUUUUUAUUUAUUUGUUUUCUAUUAAUCUAAACUAUCAUUUAUAAUCAUGUUUACUGAUAUUUCAUUUAAAUAUAAAUACACACAGUGUAUAACAACAACAACAACAACAACAACAACAAUGUUUGAGGUCAUCACGAUCAAUCUGGCAUCUCUGCUGUUGAAAGAAAAAAAAGAGAAAGAGACCACCCACCCACCCACCCAGGCAUCCUCAGCAUCACCGACACCGGAUUGAGGAAACUGACGCGCCGGUUUUAAAGCGCGCGAGCGUGCUGCUCUCGAGCUUUAUUCCUGCUUCCUCCGUCUCGUGCAGCCAUGCAGCAGCAGCAGCACAUUCACCAUCUUUCUCACCAUCACCUCCACCUUCCUCUUCUUCCUCACCAUCAUCUGUUGCUCUUGGCCGUGCUCGUGGCGUUGGAGCCGCGUGAGCUGGCGGCGUGGGGCGCGAGCGUGAAGUACGCAGUGAACUGCCCGGAGCGGUGCGACCCCGCGCGCUGCGGCGCCCCGCGCUGCGCGCGCACCGUGCUGGACGACUGCGGCUGCUGCCGAGUGUGCGCCGCGCGCCGUGGAGAACACUGCUACCGCACCGUGUCCGGAGCGCACGGCGUCAAGUGCGGCCCCGGCCUCUACUGCGACUUCUACAAGGAUGAGGACGAGUACGGGGACGAGUACGGCGUGUGCAGAGAUUGCACGUACGGGACGUACGGAGUCGAGUGUCGCCAAACCUGUAACUGUAAGGCAGGAGGACUAUGUGACAGAGAGACGGGCGUCUGUCUCACCUUCAAAUUCUUCUCUAAAAUGGCCAACGCACUCAAGACACAUGAGGGUAACGAGGUGGCGUCAGGCGAUGGCAACAACAACAACAGCAGCAGCAACACUGGAGACGGACACACGGAGCGAUCGUCCACUCCGAAAUGGCUCGCACCUCGCUGACACACGCUCGGACGGUCCGCAUGUAGCAUAGUAAAUUAAAAAAAUGACAAAGGGAUAUAUAUUUUAAUAUGUAUUAAAAAUAAUCUAUUAAUAUUCUAUCAGAGUGUUUUUUUUUGUACACUAUUGUAAUGACAGGAUUUAACCCCUCAUGUUCUGACAGCCAAUAUUUACGCCACAGCGCUAUCCGAUUCUCCGUUCCCAUUGGUCAGAAGGUGUUGAUUCAUUUCUUAUAAAAGCAAACGGUUUAUAUAAUAUCAAAGCGCUCGUUCUAAUAUGUUAUCGUUUCUAUAGUAACAGAGUAUCGACAAAGACUUGCACUGCGGACGCUCUACUGAUUAAAUUUUUUUUUGAUAUGGCGAAGGAUUUCUUCUUAAACAGUUUACGAAUUGUGUUUAAUGUUUAGGGAAGGAGUCUCCAGUGUCAGCACUUUGUAAACAGUCCAGGGUAAAGCUGUGACUUUCAACUGACAUCUUAUUACCUGAGAGAGAGAGAGAGAAAGAGCGAGAGAGAGAGGCAGAGGAAUGACAUUAGGUUAUCGUUAACGUUAAAAGUCUUCCACGGACGUUUGACAACAUUAUACGUAGCUAGAAAC